AAUGUCGAACGACAGGAACCCUUUUCUCUGAUUGGCUGUUGGAGUUUCGCUGGUUUUCUCUGAUUGGCUGUUGGAGUUUCGCUGGUUUGUGUGGGACUGAAAAGUUGCUUUGUUUUCAUCUUCAGCAGCAAAACAGACGCGGAUCAGCUGACUGCGGGGCUGAACGGGUUAACGCGGGAGGGUGUGGUUCAACCUGCUGAUGUGGAGGAACGAAAACCGAAACCGAGCUCAGAUAUGCAGGUUAAACCAGAACCUUUCUCAGUUUACCAGGUCCAGUCCACAGCUCCGCAUCAAAUCUUGUGUCCGCUCGGAGAUUUUUGUUGGGAAUAAAACAAAACCUGCAGGAAGUGGAGAGAGAGGAGAAAAGAUGUCUGCAGGAAGGAAGGAGCUGGUGGAGGCUCUGAGCCGCUACGUCUCAGAAACGCUGGCCUGCAUGCAGCUGGCCAGCGGAUUCUGUGCCAUGUUCUCCAAAUGGAUGCUGUGGAGGGAAACCGAGUUGGACAUGAUGCUGGACAUCAAAGACAGAGCGGACAAGGUGAACCUGAACAUCAGCCACGUGACUCAGUCGGAGCAGAAAGGGAAGGCGUUUGUGGAGUACAUGAAGAACAAGGUGAGCGGUCUGACGGCGGACAGCCGGCUGGCGGAGCUGCAGGGCGAGCUGGCGGCGGUGCUGAGCGACACGCUGGACGGGCUGCAGAAGCUCGCCGGCUUCCUGGACGCGGUGGAGAAGCUGGCGGUCACUUCGCUGCACGUCUUCGCUGAGAACCAGACGCUUCACCUGCCUGGAGACGUCGGCGCCGACCUCGUCCAGGCGGUCGUCACCGCCGCGCGCCUCAUCUGCCCGCUGCUCCUGGUGUUUAAGAGGGACGCCAGCGUCUUCUUCCUGCCUAAACUGCAGAACGUGGAUGUGAUGGCUCACCAGCUGGACCGAUACAUCCAGACAGCCAAGAAAGUCUGUGACAAGAUGGAGAAAAGCUGCUUCAGUGACGUUUCCGUACAGCUGAUGGGGGAAGAAGCUCAGGUGAAGGUCGGCGUGGAUUUACCUGAAAAUGAUGUUCAGAGGAUGUUGGAUCACAUCAACCAGCUUCAUCAAAUCAGGACGGAUCCAAGCUUCCGAACCGUGUUCCUGUUCCAGGACGAUUCGCAUCACGACUUCACGGAGGAGUUCACCAAGCGCGAGCCGGGGAUGUCGGCGUUCCUGAGCGAGCUGGAGGCGAACGCCGUCCAGCUGGACAGCAUGAACAAAGGAGCCAAGAUCUCCAGCGUGGUGGGCAGCUCUGUGGGCGCCGUGGGCGGCGUCCUCUCCAUCAUCGGCUUGGCGUUGAUCCCGGUCACGGCCGGAGUGUCUCUCGCCCUGACCAUGACCGGGAUCGGGAUGGGGGUCACCAGCGGGGUCAACAGCAUCGUCACCACGGCAACCGAGGUGGGCGUCAACCGCAAACACCAGAAGAAAGCCAGCGAGGUUUUCCAGAGCUUCAUGGACGACGUGAUGAGGCUGCAGGAAUGUCUGGAUGAGGUGAUGCAACAAACCAUCACCAGAGUGGAAACCAGCGACAUCGACGUGGUUCUGGGAGCUGGGAAGGUUGUGUGCAAAUUGGGGACAGUCGGGAAAAGCAUUGAUUCAAUCGUUGACUUGGCUUCUGCUGCCAAACUGUUGAAAACCGAGGAGUUUGUGGCCAGCGCCGGGAAGGUGGCGGCUCAGGAGGGGCAAGCUCUGCGGAGCCUUCCCCGCUUGGCGUCGGACAUCCCAGACGUGGGUCAGGCGGCCGUGAAAGGAUCGCUGGCCGCCUCCAAGUCGGCCCGAGCCGGCCUGAUCGCCGUCAACGCGCUCUUCCUCGGCAUGGACAUCUUCUUCAUCUGCAAGGACAGCGUCGGCCUGGCCAGAGGCAGCGAGUCCGAGGUGUCGCAGUUCAUCCGGGCCCGGUCCGCCCUGUGGAGCUCGGAGAUGGAGUCAUGGAGGAAGAUCCACGAGUCGCUGAGCGACGGCCUGCCGACGUCCGGGAAGAAGGAAGCCGUGCUGGAAACGCCGUUUUACCCCGACGGUGGGAACGAGGAAUAAACCGCCAACGUUUUAUCUGAAGGGCCAUAAAACUGACAUGAACAUGAAGGAGGCGAACGUUUGGUGUGAAGAAUCAUUCAGUAAAUAAAGACACUUUUAAUGCAAGGUUGAUCAUUUUAAUGCGACUUUGACUUAAAAGUUUAAUUAUUUACAAAAUAACACUAAUAAUAAAAACCCUGUAUUCUAUAUGAUUGCAUCUUAUUGCUGCUGGUCGUCGUCACUGACAUGUUGCAGGAAUGUUAAAUGUGCUGCUAAUCCUGUGAUUUAUCAUGAAAUUAAAAGAUUUUCAUUGUCAUACAUUA